AUGCGCCCCACACGCGCGGCCGUGCAUCAGGCUGGCGUCAGCAAGGUCACGGCAGCCCUCCAGCAGUGCAACCUCUUCGAGGUGGCCCACCUCCCACACUCACCCGUCUCCCUCGCCAUCCAGCGCAAGGGCUCCUCGGCAGACCUGUGGACCCCUCUCGCCACACGAUGCGCAUCAGCCUUCCGGCCACAAACGCAGACCUGCUCAUUCAGCGGCCUGAAGAGCUGCCACGGCGUCCCGGUCAUCUGCGUCCUGCUUGACCCUUUUCUGACGUGGUUCUUCGAUGGGACUCUGCUUGCCAGGAUGCGGUCAGGCCGUCUCGAGGUGGUCAAGGGCGGCAAGUGGGACGCAUGCAGCUAUCGCUGCAGCGAUGGGACGACCACCAAGCCGCUGUGGCUGCGGUGCUGGACAGCUCUGGAAGACCCCUCUUUUCUCAGGAUGUCUUUCGACGAGCUGAGACGACGCCCACCGCCCCAGCAGACAUGCACACGGCAGCCCCGAAACGGGCUCUCAUCGGUGCUCUCGGCAGCGGGAAUCCCUGUGACCUGCCCCUCAUUCGGCCCCAUGACAUGGCGAGACGGAGACAAAACCGCUCCCAUCCGGGUGGCGAUGACAAAAGCCAGGCACAGUCGGGUGGAGUACAAGCGAUAUGGCCAUUGGGUGGGGUGGACCACCGAAGACACACAGACAGGGGAUGGCGUUGACCUGCUCGUGGUGGAAACCGGUGAGCAUGUCUACGCCAUUCCAACCAUAGCGCUUCUCAAUCACACAGGGGUGUCUAGAAAGGGUUUCCUCCUGUAUCCCCCUGGCACACCGGUCGGCACCCGAGGGCCGAAGAGGGGCGAGAUGUGGGCGGAGGAGUAUCGCAUCGAUGUGGGGGAGAAAGAGCAUGCCACGAGACAGCUGCGACGCAUUUUUGAGAUGGUUAAGUGGAGAGGGUGUGAUGCGUGAGAGUGAGUGCAUGUGAGACCAGAUUCGGACGCGCGAGCGCAGCGCAUGGACGGC